AUGGCCACUGGAGAGCAGCAGGGAAGGGCUGUACCACUGGCUGUGGAGUCAGUGCAGGGCGCCUGCAGUGGUGAUUAUGGCAGAUAUAUCACUCUGCGGGUGACAAAGUCCAGAGAAGGCAACUUUGCAAGACCACCGUGGUUCAUACUCUGCCAGGCUGUCCGCUGCCAGGAUGAUCACAGAGCUUGUCAGAAACGGGCGCUGGAAAGUCUCUGGUCAGAGUGGGGACAAUAUGGUCACCCUUUGAAAUGCCUGGGAAAGGACCAGAGAUGUCUUCUGAAGACUUUAUCAGGACUGACCACGAGGGCAGAAGGAACAUUGAUUUCAAGGUUUGGCAAACAUCGCAAAGAUGACAAGAGUGAGAAAACUGGUAAAAUAAAAGUGCAGGAAGCUCUUACUUCAGAAGAGGAGAGAAUACGAAUGAAGCAAGAACAGGAGAGAAUUCAAGCAAAAACUCGAGAAUUUCGAGAGAGACAAGCUCGUGAACGUGACUAUGCAGAGAUACAGGAUUUUAACCGGACGUUUGGCUGUGAUGCGGACCCAAUGUACGCUGGCAUUGCUUCCUAUGAUUCUUCUUCAAAUAGUGGCACAAUAACACUGAACACCCGACCACAGAGUCCAAGGGAAGGGCAGACAGUGGAAGCCUUGUACGCCCAAGUGAAGAAACCACGGAAUUCAAAGUCUUCACCUGUAGACAGCAACAGAUCAACCCCUAACAAUCAUGACCGGAUACAGCGCCUGAGACAAGAGUUUCAGCAAGCAAAGCAAGACGAGGAUGUGGAAGACAGGAGACGUACUUAUAGUUUUGAGCAGCCGUGGCCAAGCACCAAGUCGUACUCACAGAGUGGCAGACACUCAGUAUCAGUAGAGGUUCAAAUGCAGCGGCAGCGGCAAGAAGAAAGAGAGAGUUUCCAACAAGCUCAGCGACAGUACAGCUCAUUACCCAGGCAAAGCAGAAAAAAUGCCAGUUCUGUAUCUCAAGACUCCUGGGAGCAGAGCUAUUCCCCUGGUGAAGGGUUCCAGACUGCAAAGGAAAAUCCCAGAUAUUCCAGCUACCAAGGAUCGAGGAAUGGCUACAUGGGGGGACAUGGCUUCAAUGCCAGGGUAAUGCUAGAAACACAAGAACUGCUCCGCCAAGAGCAGAGGCGGAAAGAACAACAACUGAAAAAAAAAACUUCUACUGAAGGGCCUAGCAACUAUGACUCAUAUAAGAAAAUUCAGGACCCUAAUUAUACCCCUCCUAAAGGUCCUUUCAGGCAAGAUGUACCGCCUUCACCAUCUCAGGUAGCGAGGCUGAACAGAUUGCAAACACCAGAAAAGGGAAGACCAUUUUAUUCUUGAGGUGAAGAAAAUGAAGAUCAACUUACCAUGCAAUAAGGAACAUUUUCAUAUAAAGACUUAUAUUUUGAAAACUUUUUAAACUGAUGGUACUAAGGAAUAUAUCCGUUGUCUGUUUCAGUGCCUUUAAAAAUAUGGGCAAAGCAUUGGUGGGCCUUAUGUCUUUGCCAUUCUGUCUCAAGUGUUGAAUCCCUGGAAGGAUGUUCCACUGUUUGACAAUCAUAGCGGAAGUGAGCAAUGCUCCCCCUGGGUACCAAGUCCGUGGCCCAGUCCAGUAGCUGUCAAUGGCUUGUUACUAGGAUUUGUUGUAAUGUAUUUUACUUUGCAGUGACAUAUUACAUCAACAUGCAGCUUUGUGGCACAAAAUUAAUGAAUUUGAGGUUGAAGGAAGCAUUGACAUGUCCUUUUUUAUUUCUCUCAGUUCAGGAGGAGGGUUACAUAUCACUCUUGAAUGGAUAAGGCUUAGCUCUACUCUGGAUCACAGUCGCAAUUCUAGGAUGUUUUAUGGUGGAGUCAUUACCAGUCUUUGUUGAUCAAUAUUUAAGUGUCUAUAUGCUGAAAACCUAUCCUUCUCCUAUUAUGCACAUAUGCACUCUUUUUCUCUCUCUUUCCCCACUCUGAGCUUAUUAAAAAAGCCGUUAUCCUGACUCAUGAGGAAAACAAUAUUAAGCUUUCAGUUAUCCUGAGAAUCCUGUUACAAUUGCCUCAUAAUCUUAAUACACAGUCCAUUACAAAUUAAAUAACU